CACAUCAUGUGACAUCCACUUUCCCCCAGUUGCAAAAGCCCUAAUUUUCUCAGUUCGCGUUUUUCAACAACUGGUUCAUUUUCCAUACACGCUGCCGUUUAGCCCAUUUUCACCCACACUUUCUCUCUCUCCAGACAAAAAGAAAACAACUUUACCCCCUCCCUUUCCCUCCAUUGCCGCCGCCGCCCUCCGCCGCCCCAACCCCCUCUGCUGCUGCUGCUACUGCUUUCUUCAAUCUUUACCACUAUCCAUUAUCUUCACCUCUAACCUCAGGAAGUUAAUUUCAUCGAUAUCACCAAUUGUUGUUGUUGUUGUUGUUGUUGUUAUUGUUCUGAUUAUGGGUCAAUUGGGUUUUGAAAAAUGUACGGAAGAAACAGGGAGAAAUCAAGAUUUUUCCAAAAAAUGGACUGAUUGUUUAGAUGAAUCUUGUGCUAAUAAGCCAGAAACUGAGCAAUCUCUCGGGCCUAUAACUCCUGCAAAUAAAGAGAAUGGGGAUUUUUCUUUGGAUCUUAGUUCUCCACUCACCGUAGUGAAAAAAGUCCCUAAAGCACUAAUCUUUGAUUCUAAUACCAACCAAAAUCAAGACCCACUCACCAAUAUUGAUAGCUCUAGUAGCCCCAGAACGCCAAAGGAUGGCGUUUUUGAUCCGUUUGCUCCUGGUCCUGAAGACAAGGCCUGGGCUCCCCAGUGCAAGAAAUACUCUGAUGAAGCGAGGAGCAGUGUUGCUAGACGGCUUAAUUUCAGUUCUUCCUUCAAAGGUUUGGGUGAUGAAUGUGCUGGUGAUUGUGUGGAGUCUAUUUCGGAUGAGCAGAUGUUUGAGUCAGUAUAUGAGAAUCUCUUAGAGGCUAUUGUCUCUAAGCAAACUGAGUGUUCUCUUGCUGAACUAUCAAAAAUGGAAUUAGAUUCGGAUAGUUGUUUGACGCCUUCUUCAGCUCCACGAUUAACUGGAGUUGCUGAUGCUUGCCCUGGUGCUCCUAUGAAACCAACAGGUAAAUCAAGGAUUAUCGAUUUGGGAUUAUGCAGGAAGCUUGAAUUCUAACAGCAAGGACUUGUAUGAUUAUUUUGCUCUGUUGCAAUUAUGACACUGCGCUGAUGACUAAUUCUGCAAGCUGGCAUUAUAUAUUAUUUUGAAGCUCUAACUACUGUGCCUCAUAAGUUUAACUUGUGGUUCUUACAGAUUUAUUUUGACAGGAAAUUUUAGCUGUCUGACCAAGAUCAAUGUAGUGGUAACUUGUAUAGGAAUUACUGACGCUAUGGCAUCUUUGAAAAUUUGCAAAUGUUCCUUUUUUAGACUGCUAUAAGUGUUCUUUUUAUGUGCAUGUUGUGUUACGCAUUCUGUUAGUCUGUACAUUCAUAAACAUGAAAUCUUCGCUUCUACAUCUGGUGUCAUUAUGUUUGAGCCAAAUGUUGACUGAAUUUGGUGACCAAAGUAGCUAGCUGUUUGUCCAUUAAUUGAUGAAGAGAAUGAAGAAAUAGGUGGAUGUGAAGAUCAUCGAUAAAUUGGUUGAUAAAGGAGUUGUUAUGUCCAAGCGAACAGGGUACUCUAUUCUAUCAACUUUUGUAGAAGCUUUCUUUCUCUGUAUCUUCAAGUUCUUAAUGAGUAAAGCACAUCUUUGUAUCCAACUGCAUCGCAGAACUUUUCAUUGUGCAGCAAAAGUACCGCCUUACUUUGCUACUACUUAGAACCUUAUGUACGAAUAAGACCACUCCAUUAGCUAAUCUAAAUGUCCAGUUUUUCCAUGUCUUUAUCUCUGUUGUUGAUUUUGAUAUUAUCUGUACCAUUCCGUCAGGGACAAGAUUCUGUAUUUGUAUUUAAUUUAUCAAAAAGCUUAAACAGGAAAAAAGUACUGCAGAAUGUUGUACACUUUAAUAAUAUUUUUUUUGUUGUUAUACCCUA